AUGUUCAAGCAAUUGAUCAGAUCGGGUGUGAGAACCCCCGCCGCCGCCCCUCGUUUGGCUCGCUUCAUCUCGUUCGACGCCGCCAAGCAGCCGAGAAUCAGACUUGGCUCCGAGGCGCCCAACUUCGACGUCGACACCACCGAGGGGAAAAUCAACUUCCACAACUGGAUCGGCGACAAGUGGGCCAUCUUGUUCUCCCACCCCGCCGACUUCACCCCCGUGUGCACCACCGAAUUGGGCGCCUUCUCCAAGUUGAAGCCUGAGUUCGACAAGAGAGGCGUCAAGUUGAUUGGGUUGCUGACGGAAGGGGUCCCCUCGCACAAGGAGUGGAUCAAGGACAUCGAGGAAGUGGUGACUAAUGGGGCCAAGUUCGAGUUCCCCAUCAUUGCUGACGAGAAGUUGGAAGUGCUGUACUUGUACGACAUGUUGACGGAAGCCGACUUCCAACAGAUCGCCAAAAAGCCCGUGUUCACCGUGAGACUGGUGUUCGUCAUUGACCCCGCCAAGAAGGUGAGAUUGAUCAUGACCUACCCGGCGCUGACUGGGAGAAACACUGCUGAAGUGUUGAGAGUGGUCGACGCUUUGCAAAAGGCUGACGCCAAGAGCAUUGCCACCCCUGUCAACUGGACCGAAGGUGAAGACGUCAUCAUCCCUCCCACCGUGUCUGACGAAGCCGCUAAGGAAAAGUUCGGCGACUUCAACAAGGUCAAGCCCUACUUGAGAUUCACCAAGGCCUAA